GUAAGAACAUUCUACUUUAAGUUACUCUAGCUUUGGUGAUUAUAGUUAAAUACAUCCUAUUAUCUUUAUGCUAGUUAAAUAUUAUCUUCAACUAGUGUGACUAAAACUAACCUAUCUUAGAGUAUAAUGUUUUUAUUGGCGCACAACACCACCACUUUUGUGAUGAAAUAACAAAAACCUCAAUGUCACAAUUAUCAUAGAAAAAAAUACAUUUAUUUUAAGUGGCAGGGAGAUAAUGCACAAGAACCCAGGAGGUUAUUUUAACAGCGUCUAUUUGUCGUGGAUGGAAGUGUGUGUUUGAUGAAAACAGUGGUUUUAUUUAAUCUGCAGAAAGAUUAGACAGCAGUGAUGAGUAAGAAAAUUGGAGUGUCAAGGCAGAACAAUGGUGGGGAAUCCAACGAUGUCAGCAUAAAGGACAAUAAUGCUUCACUACAUGUUAUUGGAUGUGUCCGCACUCACAAGGAGAAACCAGAAGACAGUCGUCUCACAGCCUUCUUGCAAGCACAGAAGCAGAAGUUUGAAGAAGAAGAUUCUAAGGAGCUGGAAAGUGAAACUCAAGUUUUGAGAGCUGAGAAUCAAAAGCGAGUUGAAGAGAUGCUGCAGAAAGCAAAGGAAGACUUGCACAAAAGGAAGGAAAAAUGCAGUGAGGAGGAAGUGAAAGUGCUUGAUAAAUUGUAUCAUAAAGCAGAUGCACUAGAGAUGCUGCGUAAGACGGAGUGGUUGCGAAACCAGGACGAUCACAAUGAGUUGUGCAGUUCAUACACAGCACGAAACAACAUGGCACACAUGAGCAUGGUACAGUCAUUACCACUGAAGAAACAAAACACUGAUGAUUAUUUUAGUGGUACAAAACAGAGUAAGAACAAAGGGAAGCGCAAGAAGAAGACUGAGAUUGUAAUCAACUUGAAGGAGCUGGAGAGACCGCUUCUCGAAGCAGCCGCUCAGCAGAAACCUGUGCUGUCCGAUCAAAGAUCUGGAAGUGCAUGCAGACAGCAGACACCUGUUGACCAACCUCCUGGGAUAACCUGCUGGCAACAGAAAUCUGGUUCAGAACUGUUUCCUAAUGUUCAAACACGGCCAUUGACUAUUUGUGGUGUUGGAAGAACUGAAGAGGAAUUGCUGAAACUGGCCCUAGAAGAGAGCUUGAAGACAUACAAAGAUGAAAAAGUCAAAUUCAUUGAUCUCAAUGAGGCUAACCGCAUAGAUCACCAACACCUUAAAAAAAGUAACAAUGCUGGAAUCCAGUUGCCAUUGCCGGAGCCAGUUGAGAACGAGUCAUGGGAUUGUCCUGAGGAAAUGGGGCAGAUUGGAAGUCUCAGCAUUUUGGAGAAGAGACUGACAGUAGCUGAUCAGAUGAAAGAUAACCCAGAAAACAGUAAAAAACAUCAUGGCAGACAGAAACCACAAUUGAACAAAGAGUCAGAAAGUGUGAAAAUGGGUGGGCAAAAGAAAUAUAUACCAAGAAAUAAUGAUGAAACUAAUCUGGCAACUGACAAAAAGGAUGGAUCCACAGGCCACUGUGGAACCAGAGAGGAUGGUCAGAGUAAAAGUAGCAGAUUGGAAUCUGACUCAUGUUACAAAGACAUAAUCAGUGAUUUGAAUCAUGUCAAAAGAGAAUGUGAUGAAAGAAUAUGGGGGCCACUCAAGAAUGAUGAUGAGUGUGGAAUUAAGAAACAUGAUCAAAACCAGAGUAAUUCUGUAUCUGAUCCUUUUACAAAUUGGGGAGAGAGCAAGACUCAUACAUAUGUGCCUCAGGAUAGUAGCAGCAGGACUCAGGAACAGGUUGACUGGAGUGAGAGUGAUGACCAUUAUGAGAACGUCGGGGAACGUUUGUCAGGGUCUUAUAGAAACCAGGGAGAGAGCAUGACACAGAUGUACAAGCCUCAGGCCAGUGAUAUCAGCACUCAUAAACCGACUGACUGGAUUCAAGAGAAGGCUCUGUUUGAGAAUCAGAAGUUUCAUAGUGACCAUAAUCCUGUACCUAAAAAUGUGAGGAUAGGGAGAUCACAGGGUGAUAAGUAUUAUCAAGAAAAUGCUGAGAGUGGAAAUCAAAACUAUGUAGAAGAUGACAAAUCUGUUUAUUGCUAUGAUACAGUAUGGAAGACUGAGAAGAAUAAUGAAUGGGAUGGAGAAACAAAACGAGAUAGUAGCGUGCAAAAACGUGAUCAUAUGUCUCAGGGUGCUAGGAUUUGUAAGGCAGAAAAGGCAAGUAGCUUUGGGAGAGAUGAGAGACUGAAAAUACCAGAAAAGAGAAUUAUGAGGCACUUUUCUAGCAAGGAGUCUGAAGAUUCUGGCACAGGUAUGUUUACUGAUGCCAAAAAUAAGGUGCAGAGUGAUUUGGGUAAAUGCAUUGAUAGCACAAUAUUACCUCAUGAUAAAAAUGACAAUCAUUGUUAUUCUGAGAUGCUUGUUGAGCAGUUCUUCAACUACGAACCAUUGUCUGUACAAAAGAGCCCUCAAGAUGUUGCGCAGGCCUUUGCUACUCAAAUUCAUGAUGCUCAUCUGCAACAAACUCAUAGCCCACUUGUGGAUUCUCCUACCUUUGCUUCACAGUUCCAUCAUGCAGCCAGUUCCUUCUUGCCACCUGUGACUUCCACAGCUGAAGUUAGUCACAGUACCAGCAGAUUACCUGCAUUGAUGGGUAUGAGCAUGCCGCCUCAUUUAUGUAACACUGCGUGCCAGGUUCCAAAUCAGGCAUGUCAGCCUGUACCAGCUGCUAUCAUCCAAAAACUCUUUGAAUUGUUUAUGCAAGAACAACAGCAGCAUAUUAUGAGCAUGAACUACCUGCUUCAAAUGGCAGUCAUGAAUUCUACAGGAUUACCAAAUACACAACCAGAUCCCAAGUUGCAAGCUCAACAAACACAUUCAGCGUCAAUGCUGGCAACACUUGGAGGAUUUUGUACAAGUUACAAUGAUUUGCUUCUGCAGAAUAAUGCUUUAUUAAACCCAUCUGUUCCUCAAAUGGUGGGUCCAUCAAUGUUAGGAAUGGACCAGACAUUUUCUGUGCGUAAUACACCAAUACCAAAUGCAAGUAUCAACCUGGACACUACAGUUAGUUCCUUGCCAGAUGUUUCAACCUUGAUAUUACAUCAUGGGGAUCAGACCAGCAAUUCAGUGCUGAUGCCUUCUCCAUCUACAGUUGAUCCUAAGAGUGUGACACAUCAGAACUACCAGUCCGCUCAAACCCAGAUGCCAGCUGUUGGCAAUAUGAAUAAUAUGAUGCAGCUUCUAACACCUGGUCCAAACAAUCAGCCUUUUGGAGCAAGACCGAUGGGUGUGGCUACAUCUAGCAAAAUGGUAUUCAAUAGAGGAAGAGGACGACUGAAUAUUUAGGAAGAGAAAACAGUGAAGGUUAAAUUGUUGGCUGUUUGAGAGUUGGUAAAGAAUUGGGUCUGUGGAACAAAACAUUUCAUAAUCUGGUCAUUUGCUGCAAAUUGUUUUGUUUUCCACGUUAAAAAAUAAUAUCUAUAAUUUAUGAAAUGCUGACAGAAUAGCCUUGCCUGAUAUGCUGAUUUACAGAAAUCCAGUUGAUAUGAAGACGUCAAUUAAUAUUUGAAAAUAAGAUUUGUUGCUUGGCAAUAUCAGACAUAUGGUAUUUUCGAUUUUUAAGCACUGCUGUUAAAAAUAUUUGAUUAGCACUUUCUUGUAACUUUGUAACAUGUGAACUUAAAGUUGCAAAAGUUUGCAGCAUGAGCUGAUUUAUUGAUACCUUAUAAAAAGACUUCAUACUGAUGUCAGGAGAUUAUUAAGAAUGUUUAAGCACUAGUGUCUUGCCACUAGUGAAAAUAAUCAGUCAACAUUCCUGUGAACAGGUUGACUAGACUGCUGUAACAACUCAGGUGAGUUGCCAAGGAGAUUUAUCCAUGGAAAUUUCUUGAGUGGCCGCCAUGUAAUUAAAUCAUACGUGGCAUAUUUCUAAUAUUGUACCCACAUACUUAUUGUGUAUUAAAUUCUUAAUUGUCAAAUUUAAGCCCUAGACGCAGCAUUGUUCGAACUGUGAUUGGAAUCAAGGUCAAAUACAUACCAUACUUUGUCAAAUUUUCCUUUUGCGCCAGACUUUGCAAGGAUUUCAAAUUGCGGAGUGAAAGUUUCUGCUGUAUUCUCUCGGGCUUGGAUUGAGUAUAUUUGUAUUCAUCGUCACUCCUGCAUUGUAUCAAUUUAGUCUUCUGUUCAGAUGUCUUGCAUUUCAUACCAAGAUUGCUAAUUUGUAAAAUUCAUGAGUAGAUAAAUUAGUUGUUGGACUGAGUAUCUACAAAUGUUGUUACUGAUUGAGUUUUAUGUCUUGUAUGGGCAUGACUAAGUUUUGUUUAGUUUGAUUGUCUCAGUUCCACAUGUUUCUUAACUGAAUUUAGUCAGCUUUCUUUCUAGAUUAAUAAAAAAGAAAAACUUUUAAUUCUUCCCUUCCAACAUUUAUGUCAAACUGUUGAUAUUUCUUAUAUUUUGAUGUUUUAAAUACAAAUAAUAAGAUUUCUGCAUAUGUUUUAAUUUAGUUGUUCGUAGAGUUUACACUAGUGUAGACAGACCAAACAUAUACUGAAAUAUUAUUCCUUUGCUAAGUCGUGAUUUAGAUUUGCUGAGUUUUAGAAAAUGCAUUAAUUUACCUUCGCUUACCACAUUCAAGUUCAUUUAUUUUUUCACGUUGUCAUUAGUUCUUCUGUUUGUUGCUUUUAUCUCCAUUAAAUGUAUUAGUCAUCUUGGAGACAUUAACAACAAAAGAUUAUUUUUAGUACUGUAAAAAUUAUCGUAGCAUUUUAGUAUGCCUUGAAUGUGUAACCCUUGGAUGUCUUUGGUAUAAACACGUGGUCAUCAACUGUGACACUCCCCUUCUUUACUUGGAGUUCACGCAUACAACCAUAACAGUCAUUAAUGUGGUAUUGAAAUCAAAUCAGCAUUUCGAUAAUGUCACAGCGUGUCGUUAUUUUAAAAGUGUAAGAGUGUUCUUAUGUACUUUCUGAAACUGCUAAGAAUCUGUUAUUCUUAGCACAGUCUGGUAAAAGCCACCCAUAAAUCAAAGUUAUAAAAUGUUCAUCCUGCUUAUAAUUUAAUUUCUUUUAACUUCUGCAGAAUUUUGAGGCAUGGCAUAAUCUUGCAGUACAAAAAUUUACCGCAACUUUGCUUAUUUCUUGUAGCUGCUGCACGUUACAUUCCCAAUGUGAACAGUUUUAUUUUUCUUUGUGUGGAAAAGAUGUUUUGAUAUUUGCUCAGCCUUCAUCUGUCACUCCAUGCAUUAUGUACUGCCCAAUAUAUGUAUGGUAGUUAUUUCUAUCCAUAAAUAUUUUAACUCUGUAUAGGAAUACAGCAAACAGAUGAUUAUUAAUCUCUUCAUUAAUUCCCUUAACAUCUUAGCACAGUUUUCAUUCACUGAAGUCAGACUGUUUUUUUAUAAUUGCUAUUGAACGUAAUGGUUAUUGCUAACUUCCUGAGGUAUGCUCCGCAUUUAUCAAAAUCUUUAUUUUAGGUUUUCCUGUGGAAAAAAACAUUUGAAGUAUAAAACAAGUAAAGACAAAAUUUAAAUAACUGGAUUAUUGGUUUUAAAACUGGUAGUUAAAACUUCUGAAUGAAGGUUCAGUGUGGGCUUGCCACAUUUAUGGGAGAUGGGGAUUUUAAGGAUUGUAUUAUGUGUGUGUAAUUUCUUUUUCAGUUUCUGUUCUAGCAGGAAGUUUAACUUACACUGCCACUCCCUCUGUCUUCCACACCUCUGUUUUCUUUAUUAAGCAAUUAAAAUUGUAAUCUUAUAAACCUGCAACCUGCUAAAACAUCGUCUUCCAGCUCAUGUCUGGUUGGCACUUCGAUUUCGUUGGCAUCGAUGCUAAGAUUUGGGUGUUGAUGUCAUGGCAGUGAAAUUUCAUAGAGAACAGCAUUGCAUGUUGUUUAAUUUGGUUAUUCUGUUAAGAUUGUCAGAAUGUGAUAUGUUAGGUAUUAAGAGUGAUCCCUGUGCCUAAAUGUUAACGCAGUUUCUCAUAACUAUAUAUUAUAUUGUUCCAUAUAGCUGUAUAACAUUGUCUCAAGAACAGAAUUUUAUUGAUUGGUGCUUUAUGUUUCUGUAUUACAGUAAUUUGUUAUUGAUAAUCAGUAGUGUUGUUCAAAUGACAUACGGAUGGUACAAAGUAAUGUACUGUUUUAUUUUUGUAUCAUUGCAUGUAUUAAAUUCUACAGAUUGUA